AUGUCUGAUCGCGCACGGACCGCAUACAUCAACUUCCCGGAUGCGAAGGCGCACAACGUACCCUAUGAAGCCCCUCCUACUCCGCAAAAUCCGGUGAUCAAGGGACGCCCAUUGGCCUUUUUGGCUGCGCUCGUUGAGAACGUGCCCCUCCUACCAACUAUCCUCUAUCGCAAUGCAGGCUUCGCCGGUUUACGAUCGCUCAGCGAGCUCGAUGGAGUUGUCCCGCGAUUUGAUCCAACAGUGAUACGGUUACCUCAACCUUCGGACGGAGUGCCGACGGACGAACCACAAUACGCAAGCCUUCGUGUACCGCCUCGAGACGCGCCAGGCCGCUUCUACACCAUAGCCGACUACCACGAUGCCUACAAAAGCGGACGACUGACACCUUCCGAUGUUGCAGAAGCUCUGCUGCUUCUUGUUCGUAGAGAUAUUGCCAAUCGCUCUCCGCACUCCACGGCGUUUAUCGAUAGCAAAGCCGAUAUCGCAAGGGAGGCAGCCGCGGCUUCGACGAAGAGAUGGAAGGAUGGGAAGCCGUUGGGACUACUAGAUGGCGUGCCCUUUGGUGCUAAGGAUGACCUCGAUGUCAAAGGAUACAAGAGGUACAUCGGUUCGACCAAGGACUAUACGGAGGGUAAGGAGGUGGAGACUAGUUGGUGCGUAGCCAAGGUCGAGGAGGCCGGUGGCUUAAUGAUAGGGAAGCUGAGCAUGCAUGAGCUGGGAAUGGACACUACGAACAACAACCCGAAUUGGGGCACACCUCUAAAUCCUUACAACUCGAGCUACUACACGGGCGGUUCGACAGGAGGCGGCGCUUAUGCUGUCGCAUCGGGUCUCAUUCCCUUCUGCAUUGGAUCUGAUGGAGGCGGCUCUGUUCGCAUCCCCUCCAACUAUUGCGGUCUCUAUGGCUUGAAGCCUUCGCAUGGUCGGGUUUCCACCGAGCCUCUCCAAUCAUCAGAUAAUUCAGUCACAGUCAGAGGACCUGUCGCCAGCAACAUGGCCGACCUUGAGGUCUCCUAUCGUGUCCUCGCAAUACCCAACCCAUCCGACCACACUUCCAGCAGGUUUUCUCCUCCAAGCCCCCUCGGAAUCCCAUCGAGCUCUCCAAGCAAAACACUAGGAAUUCCCAAAGACUGGUUCGACCGCGCCGACCCGCCCGUCCAGCAAGCCUGCCACGCCGCCCUCCAAUACCUUAUCUCAGAGCACGGCUACACUACCAUCGACAUCGACAUCCCGCUGCUCCGCGAAGGUCAAAUGGCGCACGCGAUGACUAUUCUCGCUGAGACCACGGCAAAUAUCAAGUCCCUUGCCGGCCUUACACCACCCAAUAAGAUUCUCCUCAGUGUAUCCCGCGCAACGCCCGCAACAGAUUUCCUUUUAGCGCAAAAGUUGAGGCAGCUUCUCAUGCAGCACCUCGCACACCUCUUUCUAACCCACCCGGGCCUCAUCAUCGUCACACCUACCACGCCCAAUGCUGGAUGGCCCAUCGGCGACGGAGAACUAAGCCACGGAAUGACGGACGGGAAUACGCAAGUCAGGAACAUGGAAUAUGUGUGGUUGGCGAACUUCACGGGCAUGCCUUGUAUACAGUUCCCAGUUGGGUAUGUCGAGCCUGUGAAAGGAGAGGGGAAAAUUCCGGUCGGCAUGAUGGGGGCGGGCGUAUGGGGGAGUGAGGAGGAGUUGAUCGGAUUUGGGUAUGAUGGGGAGGAGUGGUUGAAUACGGGUUAUGGCGGUGGGAGGAAGAGACCUGAGGGUUGGGUUGAUGCAUUGAGGGGAUGA